CUGCGUCAAUAGUGGUGUUUGUUUAUUACGACUUAGUAGCUAAACCAACUUCCUCGUCAAUGAAUGCCUCCAUUUUCCAUUCAUCUCUAUUAUUCUCAACUUAUAAACUUUCUAUUUAGUUACUUUUUCUUCGCUAAAGAUUCAUCAAAACCUAGACUUUUUGGAGCAAAUUUCAUAGCUAAAAUUGACAUCAAGAACACGAUCCGAGGAUGUCAAACGUCAAGAACAUAAUGUGUACAACCUUAACAAGGUCAAUGCCAGCAAUUGCGUUCUUCGGUAGAAUGGCAUUUGCCCUUGUCUUUAUCAUCUCUGCCAUCCAAGACUAUGCUGAUCAUUUUGGUGGCGGUGGCGGGCCGCUAGAGAAGACGGUGGGACCAGCAGUAAAUGUGAUGACCAAAUAUGGCUCUAAGGUUCUGACGUUUUACACGGGAAUGCAAGUGGUCGCAUUCGAUGUUAGACUUUUAGAGUUUUCACUCAUAACCGCAAAGGGAACUGCAGCUUUGUGGUUCAUCUUUGGACAAUCUAUGCCUGCUUACUUCUUGCUCGCAACACAAAUGCUCUCAACUGUUAUCCCUUUCCCUACAAACUUGAACGACUUCACUCAGAACUUGACGUUAAUGGGUGCGUUACUCUAUUACAUUGGAUUAAAACAUAGUAUCGACAACCUCGAGGAGGGAGAGAAGAGCAAGGAGAAGGAGAAAGAAGAUGACAAGCCCUCCACUUCCAAAUCCAAAGGAAACUAAAAUGUGAAUUCACAAACUCAUUUGCUUUGUUUCGGUAGUUGUUAUUGCCUCUCUCUUUGGUUUCGUCAUUGGCUCUCCUUUUCGCCCCCCGAGCGCCUUGUUGAAUAUGUAUUUUACCUUCUUUUUUGGUUAAUCACUCUUUGAUAUCAG